UGUACGUUUUGUCAACAUCCCGUGAUUUCUCAUUUCCCUGUUGUUUCAAAAUGAAAGUACACAGAUUUUUUCGAACGAUCCACUAAGUUUAGCGUUUGCAACAUGUUUUUUGACAAAGAGGAUGAAGAACAGGACUUUCUUUCACCAGGAGCGUCAAAGCUUGGUGCCCUGUUUGGAAUGGACAAAGCUGGGAAUAAAGGUGGAAACGAGUCCUUGACCUACACUGCUCCCAAACAACCCAAGAAGAAAGAGAGCACCCCUCCUGCUGGCAAGGGGGCAGCACCUGCAGUAGCCUUCGCUAUCGCAGUACAUGCUUAUAAAUACAUUGAUGGGAAAUAUGCCAGCCAGGGAAAGUUGGGGUGUGCCAUCCUGGCCAGCCAUGCUGCAUCAGAGUAUUCCAUCCUGAUGUACGUUACCCAGCAGCAGAAGGUCACCUCGGCAAAAAUCACUGCAACCUUCUCCUAUACAACCCAGGAGAACAACUAUGCCAACUUCUAUGAUGACGCAAGGCAGAGCUGGUCAAUUCUCUUUGACAACGAGAAGAACGCUACAGACUUUGCCAAACAUGUGUGCCUAGCAAAGGCACUGUCCACGGGUCCAGUUCCCACAUCCAUGGUAACGCAGGACCUGGUUGCCGGGGAGGGGGGUGCUCUAGAAACAGGUGACUCUGUGGAAGUACGCUACACCGGCUGGCUCCUUGCCAACAAUACUUUUGGUCAGGUGUUUGACUCGAAUGCCUCCGCAGAUAAACUGUUCAGGUUCAAACUUGGUGCUGGCAAAGUGAUCAAGGGUUGGGACACUGGUGUAGUGGGGAUAAAGAAAGGAGGGAAGCGAUUCCUGGUUGUCCCCCCUGACAUGGCAUAUGGUUCCCAGGGGAUGGGAGGCAGGGUACCACCAAACUCUACACUAUUAUUCGAGGUGGAGGUGGUCAGGGUAAAACUGAUUGGUCGAGAGUCAACCCCAUCACCACACCCCACCCACCCUGCCCCAGGGGGCUCAGGAGAUGGGGAAGAGAUAGAGGAAGAUGAUGUGACGGUGAAACAGCGCACCAGGUCCAUUAAUGAGCAGCUGUCACAUUCACCAACCCAGGACAUGAGCAAGGCCAAGCUGAUCUCUCGUAUGGCUAAGAUGGGCAAGCCUAUGUUGCCCUUGUCCGGAGCAGUACCUGCUGGGCCAGAGAGUGACCAUGACGACCAUGUACCGGAGUCCCCAACGCCAAUAUCAGGCCAGGCAGCCAAUCAGGGAGCCCCGUCCCCUGCCCCUGUCCAUCAGCGAGUGACCCCAGUGGCCCAGCCAGCCCCAAUUGUGCAACCCCAGCCCGCAUUUGUUCCAGUGCAGCAGCCUGUGGCACCUGCCCAGACAUUCACCGGCUUUACCAAUCAGCAGCAACCGGCCUUCCUACAGAACCUGCCUGUGUCCCAGCAAAUGUCCAUCUACCAGCCACAACAAUCAUACUUACAGCAGCAGCAGGCAGGACUACUACAGACUGGUUUCCAGCCAGGCAUGACUCAGGCAGGGAUGCCAGGUACCAGCCUACCUCAGUAUCUUGUCCCAGGUAUGGGCCAGGGCACGGACAUGAUGUUGCUAUCAGAGACGAGACAACAAAACACCGAAGUGAGGCUCUCACUCUCGAAAGUCUCAGAUAAACUUGACAAUGUCAUACAAAAGCUUGACCAUGGUCAGUCCCAGGGUGGGACCGCUAUGAUGCCCAACAUGGAAACAUCAGUGCUGCUGCAUAAUGUCACCAGGAUUGUUCAGGAGAACGAGCGUCUGAAGAAGGAUGUGUUUGACAAGAGUGCCAAGAUUGAGACCCAAAAUGAGAAAAUCUCCGAACUCCUGCAGCGGAAUCAGAGUUUUGUGGAGAAAAGCCAGGUAUUAAUGGAACAGAGGAAUGAAGGCAUGCUGUCAUCGGCCAACCAGACACAGACCAGGGUCCUCACUCUAGAACAGGACAAGGUGGGACUGACUAAGCAGCUGUCAGAGGCCACAUCCCAGAUCAGUGCUCUCCAGAUGGAGGUGUCGGGGCUGAAGAAGCACGAGUUCGAACUCACACAACAGCUGGAGACAACUGGGAAGAGUUCCCAUAAACAGACUGAGGAGCUAGAGAUGCUGAGAACACAACGUGCAGAUGAUGAGAGUCAUAUAAGUGACCUCCAGCGUCAGUUAAGAGAGGAAAGACAGGGCAAGAAGUCUGUGGAAGGAAGCAUGGCACAGCUUCAAGAGGAGAUGUCAGAUCUACAGGCCGCCAAACAAGCUCUAGAAAAGAAUGUAUCUGAGAGGAAGCGUAAGGCAGCGGAGGAGAGAAGACAGUUGGAGGAUGAUAUGGAGGAUGUUAAGGCAAACCUUGAGGCUGAGAUCCAGUCACUGAAGGAGAAGUUGAGGAAACAGAAGACUUCAGCCAGUGUCUCCAGCCAAGUACAGAUCAGCCAGCUGGAAGAGGAGAUAACUGCCGACUGGAAGGCGCGCAGUAACAAGCUAGUGGCCCUCGCUGAAGAGAAGCAUGCUCGAGCUCUUCGUGCCGUCAACGAGGAGAAGGAGGAAAUGGCCGAGAAAAUACAGGAACUCACUAACAAGAUCCAGUCUAUACGUGAGUCCCACAGUGGCAGUGACCAGCAUGUAUCCGAGUUGGAGGAGAGGGUGGAACAACUUGCACCCUGGAAGGACAAGUAUGAGAGUCUGCGUGCGAAUGCCAGCACUAUGAAGGAGCAUUACGAGGGAAGGAUAGAAGAGUUAGAGGAGGGGCAAACAACCCUGGAACGUCAAUUGGAGGCAGCUCGGGCAUCACAGGGAGAUUCUGCUGCUGCGGCGGCAGGGAGCCCACAGGGGCUCCUGGAUGAGGUGAAGAAAAUCAUGAACAACGUAUACAAGGAACUACGGGAACAGUUUGAGGCCGGGGAGUCGUACACCGGUACUAAGGUCCUACAGGCCAUCCUAGCCUCAAUCAAGAGCACGACCCUUGCUCUGAUGAAGAGGCAGGAAAGCCAGGCCACGGAGGAGGAGAGUGGGUCAGAGGAGGAGGAAGAAGAGGCAGAAGAAGAAGAAGAUGAUGAUGAUGAUGAUGAUGAUGAUGAUGAUGAAGAAGAAGAUGAAGAAGAAAGUGAAGAAGAAAAUGAAGAAACAGCAGAACAAAAGCCUGAGCCAACUGUUAUAAAAACUGAGAUAUCUGAAGAUAAACCAAGUACUGGUGUGGAGGACAACAAGAAAGUUGAUGAUGAAGAUGAUGUAGACAAGAAGGCAGGUGAAAACGAAGGUGAUGUGGAGAAAGAAGAUUUGGACAAGGAAUGUGUUGAUGAGGAAGAUAAACAAGAUGAGGUUGAAGAGGAUGCUGAGAGUUACCAAGAUGAGCUGGAUGCAGAGAUAGAAGGUCAGUCCAGAGCUGGAAAGGCAGACAUUGAUAAAGGGACUGGGGAUGGUCAGGAAACCAAACGUGAAACUAGUGAACAGACAAACACUGCAGUGAAUAAUGUUCCAAAACAGGAAGUGACAUCAGCGCCUGGCUUAAAGCAUGCUGGUUCAUUGGAUGACCUCUUGGACUCUGCCCUGGAAAGCAAGCAGCGGGACAGGGAACCAGAGCCAAUGGUUGGCAUGGAGCCACCUCCAUUAGGGGAGAGUGGGGACGAACAGGAGGAGGACAUAGAGAAAGAUAGAACAAAGUCUAUAUUCGGAGAAGACUCUGAUGAUGACAAUAUGGCAGCAAGUCUCGGGAUAUCAACAAAAGCUGUCGUUAAUGGAGAGCCAACAUCGAAGUCCAUCGAGAAACAAACGUCCAAUGAUGAGGAUUUGAAGCCCCAGCCUCCACCACCACUGUUUGGGGACGACGACGAUGAUGAUGAUUUAGACUGGCUGAGUUAGCCCAUAUAUCUGUGAUAGUUUCUUCAAAUUUGUUAGUGGAAUAGGAUCAACACUGCCUUAUUCUUUUGUAUGUUUUGUUAUUUUCGAGAUAUAAACUGAUGGAAAAGGAGAAACAUUCUUUUUGAUCAAAGUGAGAUGUAGGUGUUAUUUAUGUGUUGAUUUGCUGAGAAUUUUCAAUGCAAUGAUCACAUACUUAUAUCAUUAUUUUGGCAUAUAUCAAUCAUCAUAUUAAGUCAUAUAAUCUGGUUUGAAUGUUUAUGUAUCUAAAAACCUGAGUUAUUGAAAUUAUGCGCAGUGAGUGCUAAGUGCAAGUUAUGUAUUAUUUUAGUUAUGAGUAUUUAGUGUUUUGUACCAUGAUAGGGCCCCUUGUUCAGAAGUUUGUGUAAGUUAACAAUGGGCUUAACAAGAUGGUUGUUAAUUUUUAAAUGUGAAAUGUUUAAUAUUGUGCUCAUAUAUUUAAAUCAAACAAGUAUAGCUGAAAAAAUUAUCUCAAAUCUUGUUUGAAAUACUGCUGAUCACAAGUGUAUCCAUUAAACUAUCAGAGCAGUAAAGAUUUGAGGGUUAACAACGAUGGCGUUAAAAAUGUUGUUAAAUUUAACAAAUUUCUGAACAAACGGCCCAUUUAAUCAAACAUGAAAGUUUUCAUUUCUACCAUGCAAUAAAUAGUGUGCAUUCAUUAGAAUAUUGUUGUAAUUUAUCCGCAUGCUACUUAAUGCACAUUAGCUUGUGUUUUAAGCUCCGCCUACUUUAUGAUAUGAGAAAAAGUCUGCCUACUUUAUGAUAUGAGAAAAGCUCCGCCUACUUUAUGACAUGAGAAAAGCUCCGCCUACUUUAUGAUAUGAGAAUUAAUGUAUAAACAAAACAUUCACAAUUAUGGGACAAAAUUCUGUAAUAAAUGUAUAUUUGAUUGGAAUAUUUUCCAAAAAGACCAUUUUUAUAUUAUAAUGACUUCUUUUUAAUGUUAUAGUUGACCAAUUGUUGGCAACUUAGUUAAAGUUAACAAAGUGAUUAAGAACAUCGUUGUUAAAUUUUUAACGUGAACUACUGUAUGAGGUGCUCAUAUAUUUGAAUAUAAACCAUUACAACUGAAACUAUUGUGUCAAGUCUUUGUUAGGAAUACAGCCGGUCACGAGUGAUUUGAAAGUUAACAAGAAUGACUGCUCCGAUGACAUUUACAACUUUGUUAACUUAAACCAUCGGUCCACUGUGUAACAUGUUAAUUAUAUCAUUUUAAUACUAAUGAGAUCAUUUAUCAUUUUCUCAAAUCUUGUUCAGGAAAUGAGAUUUAGAAAGAAAAAAACACUAAGACUGUACACAUGUGUUAUCAAGUGAUACAAUUGUGGCAUUAAAAUAAUCUACAUGCUUAAUAUAUCUUCAGAACUUUUCUCGUUAGUUUAUAGACAUAAAAUGAUAAAAUCAUAAGGACAUCAUUAUUAUAAUCUUACAAAUAUAUAUUGUAUGUCUCUGUAAGUGUAAAAUAACAUACAUGUGUAUUGAUACGCUUCAUUUGAAUAUAUUAAAGGGACUCCUUUAAGGUUUGUUGAUGAUGGUUGUUUUAUCUUUGUUGAAAUUGAGUUUAUUUUACUUUCUCAUAUGGACAAACGCCAAACAGCAACUGCCAAAUACUUAUUUGAGCGGAGAAAUUUGUACUUACAGGCCAAACUAAUUCAAUUUUCAAUACCAUUACUUAAAAAUAAAUGCUUGUCAAAAUAGAUCAUUUUCUGAUAAUUUUUAAAAAAUAGUUAACACUAGUGCUCUUAUUUGAUCUUUGGAUGAUGUUUUAUUAUUGUAACAAGCAUUUUGUUCACAUUUCACCUACAAUUAUUUCACAUACAAUUAUUUUGUUCGAUGUCUGAACAGAUAAAACCUGAAAAGUCCCUUUAAUUUUAGCUGCACUCUUACACAUGGGAUGUUUUGACAAUGCUUUUGUCUUGGAAUGAGGCAUUUUUGCGUAAAUGUCUGCAAACCAAUGAUGCAAGACUGCUGACAAAAUAUCAGAUCGCAGUUUUUUAUAAUUACGUUCGAAAAUUGUUGUUUUAUAGCAUUCAUUUUGAUGAUUCAUGUAUAUUUGCUUUUCAUUUUGAUGUGCAAUAAAAAAAUCAUUUAUUUUGAUACAUGCAGUUAUGUGUAGAUUUAUCACAUUUCUUCGAACCAAUAUAUUAUGUAAUAAACACUUUGAUUUCCUAAAUAUUAAGGAAAUGCCAUCAGAAGAAACAGAAAAGCAUUUGAUUUCAUGUUUGAAAUUUUGUUGACUCAUCAUUAUCCAAUGUUAUUUAACUAUGCAUUUCAGAAAAAUAAAUAUUUAUGAAAUUAUAA